AAAAUAUUUCUAUCUACCGGGAUCUAAAGUCAACAUUAUGACAAUACUUAAUCUCGUGGUAUGGCUCACGCCAGACUGUAAGAUAUAUUAUCUGCUCGUAUAUGUACCUUAUAUAUAUUGUUGAACCACGAUAUAACGGUAACUAUUCUUACGAGCUACUUCUGAUACGUAAUCUUCCCCCCUUAUCCCCAAGAUUACUGACAAAUUAUUAUAGCCAGCCUGUAAGUUAAGAGUUCUUUCAAUUAUACGAUAUAUUCUAUUCUUUUCUCCUUGUUAUUUAAAUACCAUUUACUCUACAAGAUGUCUUCAAAUCCAAUAUCAUGUUUUUGAUCUUUGUCACAUCAAUGUGGCCAAAAGUCACGUGCACGAGUUGUUAACAUUUUACUGUAAAUUACCCCUGGCAAAACUAUGUCCUUCUUGCAAUAAUAUACUCCAGCACUUCAUAUACAAGCCUACACAUUAUAUUAUUGCCUUUUGAACGGAUGUUUCAAUUAUCAAGAUUACAUCUUAGAUCAAGCCUAAGAGUUGUGCCGCAGCUUAAGUGUGGUCAAAAUCUCAUAUCAUCAGUAUGCCAGAGAUCCAUCUCAUUGACAGGAGCUUCAUAUAAUCGUCAAACACUCAAUUUGAAAAAGAAGAAUAUAAUUCAAAAGAAUUUGAGAAGAACUGAUCCCUCAUUUCUUUUUGAGUCAACGAAUUAUAUUUUAUCCCUUUUAAAUAAGAACACUGAUGUAAAUCCUUCAGAAACCCUUGAGAAAUACUUGUCUAUAGUAACUUCAGUGACUAUCGGUGAUGGUAUAGAAUUUGGCAAACUCAUCCCGACUUUAAACAGAUUGGAGUACACAGUCAUUAUCCCUGACGAAGUCAUAGCUGUACGUUAUUUAGAUAGAGAGUUGAUGAUUUUAUCUAAUGGUACUUUGGUUGGCUGGGACUUAACGGAAGAAAAUAUUUAUCAAUAUCUAUUCGAGAAUUCAAAUCUCAGAAACAGUAUUAUUGAAAAGUAUGAUGAAUAUGAGUCGGAAGAGAUGGACUGGAUUGAGUUGAAGUCCUUACCAGAAAAACCUCUUAAUAAUGGAAAUUCAUACCUUCAAGGGGAAAUUAUGGUAGUGCAAGGUGAGACUGAACAGAAAAGAACUAUAGACAGAGCCGCGUUCGCAAUAGGGUUAUCGAGAUCCACCAGAUUAUCAAUUUUAGAAAUGCAAUUUGAGGAUCAUUUAACAAUAACAAAGAAAAAUGCUGAAUUUUUAUCAAAAGGAAAUAAAAUUGUCAUGAGUGAAUCUGAUUUUUUGAAGCUAACGGGUAAACUAUUUUUAAUUAGAGGAAAGUUGAAUCUCUACAGUGAAUUAAUUGAAACUCCAGAUUUGUAUUGGAGUGAACCUACCUUAGAGAGAAUUUAUAAUGCAAUUUCAAAAAUUCUUGAUAUCCAAUCUAGAAUAGCUAUUCUAAAUCGGAAACUUGAUUAUGCUACUGAAGAACAACGUGAAUUUCUUAGUGUUUUAAAUGAGAAGAAAGGUACCCGAUUAGAAUGGAUUAUUAUCAUAUUAAUUAUGGUAGAAGUCGGAUUUGAAUCAUUUCACUUUUAUGAAAAAUAUAGAGAUUCAAACAAUGAAGUAAAACUUUGAAAUACUUGAUAAAGUGGAUUUAUUUGAAAGUUUCCAAUUGUAUAUACGAACUUAUGAUUAUUGUACAUAUUCUGAUUCACAUAUAUAUUUAACUCGUGU